CUUUCUUUCUGCUUCCUUCCCUUGUCUCCUCAUUUUUUCCUACUUCAGUUGCGUCUCUCGCACUUCUUCUCUCCGACGAUGAAAAUACGAACAAGAGAUCAAGAGAAUCUCACGAUCGGACGGCUACGAUGAACCGGGCAAAGUUGAAGGGAAGCCAUUAACAUAUUUGGAGAGUAAAUCAUUAUCAUCAUCUUAGCCAUGCCCAAUAAUUUAUGGCUGGCACGCUGAGAGAAUAGAUGAUGCACGAUAUUGUCUCGAGGGUCUGUUGAUAAAGACUUUUGAAUAUUUUCAAGAUUGCAGCAUCAUGGGGGGAGCUUGUUCACGGAAGAGGGACCAACAGGUCAAUGAAGACAGCGUACGCAGGGGGGUCUCUGUAAAAUACAGUAAAAGUGGCAGUUCGAAAUGGCUGAUGAGCUCAUUGUCUCGGUCUGGUGUAGAUGUGCAGCAAGGAAGAGGCCAAUGCCCAUCCCUCAUGGAGCUUUGUGUGCAUAAAAUACGGGAGGAUAUCGAUAAAUACAGCAGCUUUGCGAUGCUCCCGAGGGAUAUAAGUCAGCAGAUCUUCAAUGAAUUGGUGGAUUCUCACAGUCUGACUAAUGUUUCCCUAGAAGCUUUUUGUGAUUGUGCUCUCCAAGAUAUUCAUUUGGGAGAAUACCCUGAAGUGAAGGACAGUUGGAUGGAUGCCAUUUCUUCACAGGGGCCAUGUUUGCUCUCUGUUGAUAUUUCCGAUUCUGAUGUAACAGAUUCUGGUCUUGUUCUCCUGAAAGUUUGCCCAAACCUUCAAAGCCUGAAUUUCAACUAUUGUGACAAGAUUUCAGACCGGGGGCUGGAACAUAUUUCUGGUCUAUCGAACUUGACAUCUUUGAGUUUCAAAAAGAGCAGUGCAAUCACUGCUCAAGGAAUGAGUGCUUUAGCUAGCUUGGUUAACUUGGUAAAUUUGGAUCUUGAGAGAUGCUCGGGGAUUCAUGGUGGAUUAAUUCAUCUGAAAGGUUUAACAAAACUCGAGUCUCUUAAUAUAAGAUGCUGUAACUGCAUAACGGAUGCAGAUAUGAAGCCACUUUCUGGACUUGUUAACUUGAAAGAGUUGCAAAUAUCCUGCAGUAAAGUUACAGAUGCAGGCAUUACUUAUUUAAAAGGUUUGCGUAAACUUGCUUUGUUGAACAUGGAGGGGUGCCCUGUUACUACUGCCUGCUUGGAAUCUAUUUCAGGGAUUGUAGCACUGGCAUAUUUGAAUCUUAACAGAUGUGGUCUUUCUGAUGAUGGAUGUGAGAAGUUUGCUGGGCUUGGGAAUUUAAAAAUAUUGAAUCUUGGCUUCAACAAUAUUACAGAUGCAUGUCUGGUGCAUCUAAAAGGUUUAACUAAUUUGGAGAGCUUGAACUUGGAUUCUUGUAAGAUUGGUGAUGAAGGGCUUGCUAACUUGGCAGGCCUUCUACGCUUGAGAAGUUUGGAGUUGUCAGACACUGAAGUUGGUAGCGGUGGGCUUCGUUAUAUCUCUGGUUUGGGCAAGCUCGAGACCAUAAAUUUGUCUUUCACUCUAGUUUCUGAUAGUGGAUUAAGAAAGUUAUCUGGAUUGACAUCGCUCAGAUCACUUAAUCUGGAUGCUCGACAAAUUACAGAUACAGGGCUUGCAGCUCUUACAAGUCUGACUGGGUUAACUCACCUCGAUCUUUUUGGGGCUCGUAUCACUGACUUCGGAACAAACUGCUUCCGAUACUUCAAGAACCUCCGUUCCCUUGAGGUAUGUGGUGGAGGGAUAACUGAUGCUGGUGUGAAGAACAUCAAAGAUCUUGUCUCCUUGACACUGUUAAAUCUUUCGCAGAAUUGCCACCUCACAGAUAAAACCUUGGAAUUGGUUUCUGGAUUGACUGCCCUGGUUUCCUUGAAUGUCUCAAAUUCACGAGUAACCAAUGCCGGGCUGAAGCAUUUGAUGCCUUUGAAAAAUCUAAGAUCUCUGUCCUUGGAGUCGUGCAAAGUGACGGCAGCAGAAAUCAAGAAGCUUCAGCAGACUGCCCUUCCCAAUCUGGUAAGCGUCCGCCCUGAGCAGAAAGCAUAAGAAAGUUCUGUAAAUAGUCCCACAAACAUAUGAAAGGACACUGCUGCUGUGGAAUGGAUAAUAUAUAUAUAUAUAUAUAUAUAUAUAUAUAUAUAUAUAUAUAUAUAUAUAUAUAUAUAUGAAAGAAGAAUAACCAAGCAAGAAGAAGACUUGAAUGAAUGAAAUGUGUAAAUAUGGGAGGGACAUGGAAUGCUGAUAGCUGUAAAUAAGGUUAUUGAAAGAGUUUGGUAAGACCUGUAUGCUGUAUGUGAAGCCUCUUCCAAAGCAUGGAAGGAUUGGCUUCCUCUGGACAGGCAAUGCAACUGUUGGUUCUUGUAUAUAUAGGUAUGAUCUGAUGCUGGACUGUUGAAAUGAAUGGAGUCUUUUAGU